AUGUCGUUUUGGACAAUGUUGUGGAUCUUGCUGAUUGCUGCUUUGGGUGCUGGAGCUGAAGUCGUAGAGUGCGUGACUAAAGAGUGUGCAACAAAACCAAGCUGUCCUAAAAGUGGAUUCCUCAAAGAUCUCAACAAUUGCGACACGUGCCUCUGCACGAACCCUUGCCUUGAGAAAUGCGGGACUGAGACAUGUAAAAUUUUGGCAGUUCAACCUGGAGUUGAACCUAGGUACGGCUGCGCUGACAAGGAAAGGGAAUCUGAUGGAGGUAAGAAUGAUGACGAAGAUGAGAACUAUGAAGAUGAGUAA